CUGACGUUAAAAAAGUAGGACCAGUUGUAUCCAGUACGUCAUCAGUGUGCGUCGAGAGGAGGUGGCUGAUGUCUUCGAAAAAGCAUAUUGCUGUCGUCUAGUUACGACCUGAAUUUCGUCUGAUAUUGCUGAACAACGGCUGCUGGGAUGCCGAAGAAGUUCCAGGGUGAGAACUCCAAGGCGGCUACAGCCAGAGCCCGCAAGGCUGAGGCUCAGGCAGUGGCAGAUGCGCGCAAGAAGCAGGAAGAGGAUGAUGCCCUGUGGCAGGAAACUGACAAACAUGUACUCAAAAAAGAGCAGAGAAAGGAUGAUAAGGAGAAGAAGAGGGUGGAGCUAUUGGAGAGGAAAAAGGAAUCCCAGAGACUCCUGGAUGAGGAGAAUGCCAGAAUAAAAGGCAAAGCCCAAAAAGAGGGUGGAAGCGGUGGAAAGGUGACUCGAGCCCAGAUAGAGGAGGUUAUGCAAAAUGUCCCACAACCUCAGCACAUCAAGCCAAAAGACAAGAGCCAUCUGGAGAUUCCACUGGAGGAAAACGUAAAUAGAAUUAUUAAGGAGGACGGAACAGUGGAAGCUAGAACAGUAGAAGAGGCCAUUGCUGUGCUCAGCAUUGCGCCUGAGGACCUGGACCGUCACCCGGAGCGGCGGAUGAAAGCCGCUUUCACUUCUUAUGAGGAGGCCAACAUGCCACGCUUGAAGAUGGAAAACCCCAACAUGAGAUUGUCUCAGCUAAAACAGCAGCUGAAGAAGGAGUGGAUGAAGUCUCCCGAGAACCCCCUCAAUCAAAAAUUUGCAGAGUACAACUCAAAGUGAAGGCACUGAUGUUUCGUAUCAGCGCUUAACCCCCAUUGGAAACUGUCUUAUGCACCUUGGAAACAUUUAGUGCAAAAUCAACUUAAUUCAUUCAAAAAUUUAGUGUUUCUUUCGGGAACAUCUUUUUUCGCCCUCACACUUUACCCCCUUUCAUGCUGCCUUUCCAUAAUUUGGAUGUGUCAGAUGCCUAAAGGUAGAGCCGGUAUUUAUUCACCUGUGCCUUCCGUUCAGAACUCACCUAAGCGAAACAUUACUGACAAUUGAUGCAGCUUCCCGCGUACAUAUAAUUAGAUGCAUAGCGACGUCAGUGCCCAGAUCUGGUGUGAUGUAUAAAAUGCUUGUCGAACAGAGACUAUUGCUUUCAAGCAGCAGGGCGGGGGAAAUGAUUCUCUGGUGUCAUUCUCUGGUCCCGACAUCCCGCUAUCCCCUUUCACACAGGCGGUGUUGCACCUCUGUUACGCUUCUGAUGUGAAAUAGGAAGCUGGACACCUUGCGGGUUGACUUUAAUGCCUCCACUGGGUAUAAAAGGUGAGAAAUAGUCAACUUUGAUGGGCAGUGUGAAAGGUGGAAGGUGCUUCGACAAGCAGAAUUCAGUUAAUCAUGCAAGACUAACGUGAAAUGACAUUCUCAUGACAUUGUUUUAACACACUUAAUAGAGGUUGGAUUUCACAUGCUUUCACACUAACUUAUUAAAGUGGAACAUCCGGUAAUCAUCUCUUCAUUCAGUGUAAAGUUGAGGACAAAUGGUAAUCUUGUUCCUGCGUGAUUUACAAAAUUAUGUUCCGUUUUAGCCAGCAAAUUGUUCUUAAGUUGUCAUCUGUUAUUGUCGUUCACCCUUUAAUAUCACCAAUUGAGCAUCCGUCAUCUCCUCCACCAGACUGUAUGGCCAUUAGGUUGUUGUGAUUUGGCCUGAGAUUAAAGUGAAUGACAUCUGAGCUAA